AUUAAAGGAGCACCGCUCGUCCUUUCUUCUCCUCCUUUCUUCUCCCUUUUCCGCCUCCGACUUCUCCUCCUUUCUCCUUCAUUUUUUCCCGUCCUCCGCUCCUUAAACGCGACCACCGCUCGUCCGGUCGAUUGCUGCCUCCAUCUCCGAAGAAUAGUCGCUGCUGCAAGGAGACGAAGUCGAAGACACACACGGACACAUAGCCUUGUUCGACGAAGAUGCAGUUGCGUUCGUCGACCUGCUUCUCCGUUUUUCUAAUCUACAGUCUGUGUCGCCAUCUCCAUCUGCCCUCCCCAUCUCGCCGGCGCAUCUGCCCUCCUAAUCUCACCGCCUCCUUGCUCGAUUUCUUCCCCAAGAAAGGGGCGGAGCACAUUGCCCCUGGUGGUGGUAGGGUAUGCAUUGUGCGUAGUGGCGGUGUUGGGAUUUUGGCGGUGGAUGUGGUCUCAUCUCUACCACGGUUGUGGGUUUUGGAUUCACCGGCGGGACAACAAGUGCUGGCACUUCAUAUUCUGCCUAGAAUGUGUCCGAAGGAGUUCCAAUCGCCGGUGGUGGUUUAG